AAUAGGAAACUUGUAUUUCCAUUUUCCCUCUUUGACAGGGAACGCAACUUUAGCUUGUCGUUGUCGUGAAGUAGCUAGUCAGCUAUGCUAACCUGUUAGUACUGACAUCUGUUUUCAGAUUACCACCCACAAUAAUUAUGUCUUUUAAACGCGAAGGUGAUGACAAGAGUCAGUUGAACAUCUUGAAGAAACGACGAGUGGCAGAUCUUCUGUCUAAUUUUAUUCCAGAAGAUGAAGCAGGUCUUAUGAAUAAUGGAAGAUACACUUGCCUUGUGUGCUCCUACCGUCCGGUGUUUGACACGGUCGACACGCUGACAGUCCACAGAAACGGGAAAAGGCAUCUCGAAGGAUUAAAAGCAUUCUAUGGCAAGAAAGCACGGCUGAAGAAUGAAAUUGCAAAAAGGCGCCAUGAAGACUACGUCCAGGCUGAAGACACGAGGCAGGAACCUUCCAGUUCAGCUCCUUUACUGGAACAAACGCGGAAGCUUACACAUCAUGCUUUAUUGAAGACUGUACCAUAUAACAGCUGCCACACAAAAACCAGUACAAAAUGUGAAAAGGGAGCGCUGAGGGUCGGCUCAGAUCCCAGACACAACUCUUCCAGCAAAGCGGCUUCUGAAGAAGACGAAGCGUGUCGGAAAGCUGAAGUUUCAAACGGUUUAUCACAAAGCACUUCGAGUGGCUGCACAGCAGUCGAUGAAGAGUCACUUGCAGACAUUGAAGGACCAGCGGCUGCAGAGACACAAGAGGCCGAGCCGAUCACAGCGCAGAGGAGGAGAGAGCUGGAGCACUACCUCAAGCUGAAAAGUGAUGGAUGGUUGCGGGACCGGAGCGGCCAGUGGGUGAGAGACGAGGAUGUGGAGUUUGAUUCAGAUGAGGAGGAGCCGACUUCGCUGGCCCCUCUGGUUACAAGUCACUGCGAGGACUAAGAACUAUGGGACAACAGAGUGACAUGCAUCACAGUGGGACAUUCAGAGGCCACGUGCUGUUUGAAACAGCCGGAGCUCCACGUGCAAAUAAAUGGUGUUCCUGAGCUGAUUCUACAGCAGCUGCGUCACUUCCUGGUUGUAACAGAAGCCUGCUGGUAACCAGUGAUCAUCAGCUGUUCAUAGUGUUAUUUUACUUAGUUUACUGUCACUCUUAACCUGCUGACUGUUUGUUACUGCUUUUUGUUUCUACAUUGAACAUCAAGCACAUUUUAAACUAUUAAACUUUCAACAGAGAAUAAUA